AUGCCCAUUCCCGACCGAGAGAUCAACAUUUUGUUCGCCCUAGAGAAAUUUUUUUUCAUUCAUUCUUUGGCAGCAUCCAGAUCAUUCACCAACGAACAGCUGCCAGGAAACAUGCUUAGAAUAACUUCAAGAAGAAUCCCUGCAUUAGGAUCAUUAAGAUUCACCGCUGUCCCAACCAUCACCACCAGACUCCUUUCCAAAUCAACCAUUUCCUUCGCUACGGCAGGGAGAUUAAACAUCCCAUUAGGUGAUAAAACUAUCGAACACAAUAUCCCCACCGAAACUAAUAAAUUAUCGAAAACCUUAACCAAAUUCUGGGAAAAAGUAGACACAGUACAUAAUCCAACCACUCAUAAAUAUGAUAUUAAAUUAGAUGGGAAAAAUUUAAGAACUCCUUUGGGAUAUUCACUUUCAAUUCCAGAAACCAAGAAACAAUUAGCAUAUUUGAUAAAUCAUGAAUGGAGUAAUUUACCCGAUUUGAAAAUCAAGACUAAUUCAUUACCCUUGACUUCAUUAGCUUCUAGAGCGAUAGAUUUGGAACAUAUUAGCGAAAUGGGUAUGGAAACCGGGUCGAAGAAGGAAGAAAUGAUUGCGAAGGUCGGAAAUGCCGAUGAUAUUAAGGUGAAUAUGUUGAGAUAUUUGGAUACUGAUACUUGUCUUAUUUUUGGAACUUAUAAAGAAUAUAGUGGGAAAUUGAGAAAGAGACAAGAGGAAUUAUAUAGACCUUUGAUUGAGGAAUAUAAUGAUUUCUUUACUACUUAUGCGAGAAAUAAAGGUGGGUUAUUGGCUAGUGAGGAUGAAAAGAUUGAAUUAACUUAUUUGGAUUGUGAAACUGAUGGUUUGAGAGGAAAUAAACAAACUAUUACUACUCAAGAAGUGGUUUUGGAUUGGUUGGAUAAUCUUCCAAUGUUUGAUUUAAUCGCAUUGGAAAAAGCAAUCUUAACUACGAAAUCAUUCUUAUGUGGUGUUUCAUUAUUAAGAUCGAAUAGUUCCAAUCCAGAAAUUAUGAAAGAAUUAUAUCAAUUUAAUAAGAAGGGUAUGGAUGAUUAUUAUCAUAAAACAAUUGAAGAAAUUGUGGAAUUGGGUAAUUUGGAAACUAUUUUCCAAACUGAAGAAUGGGGUGAAGUUGAAGAUACUCAUGAUGUAGAUAAAGUUGAUUGGUUGAGGAAUUUAGCAAGUGCUGCGUUGAUAUGUCAUUAG